UACGUCAUUCUUCUUCCACUUGCAAUAUUUUGUAUCAAGUACUUUACGAAAAUUCAAAGUAAAUUAUUUUACAACUUUGAAUAUGUCUAAAUUAUCACAGAUCUCAGAACACGAGAAACCGUCAAUCAUUCGAGCCAAGCUUCCAACUAUGAUUAUUGUUAAUCCCCGAGCAAAAAUUGGGGGUCGCAAGAUACCCUCAGAAAAUGUAAUGGAUGAAAUGGAAGAAGAAGAAGAUGACACUGAUUUGCAUUUUGAAAUUAAAACAGCUCCAUGGCACGAGCAACCGAUUCUUCCUCCGCAACCCUUACCAAAGUUUCCUUUACAGAUUUCAUGGAGCCCAAGUACUUUAUGUUUUGUCUUGGACGAAGAUCAAGUAACACAUAGACUUUGGAUUACAAACCGCUGUGACCGUACAAUUUUCUUCCACUGCUGUGGAUUAUGGAACGAUACAGUCCGACUUGGUGCCAGCUGGUGCUGCUUUCCUCGAACGAGGAUCUGGCUUCCACCAGGUCUAAGAGCUCCACUCUACGUCCGCGCCACGCCUCGGGAUAUAAUAUCUCCCAUCCCAGAUGGUGUCACCUUCAUGCAAAUAGCUGCAGCACAUCUUAGAGACAAUGUCACUGGCUAUUUUUCUAUACCUAUUAAAGCAAAGUUUUUGAAAUAUAUCCCUCCUCCUGUGGCAGAAGGUGAAUAAUAAUG